UGGAUUAGCAUCAGGUGGGUCAGCCAGUCAGCUGCCAUGUCGAAUUGCGUGAAGCCACUUGUUCCUCCCAUAAUCCUCCUGGAGGGGGUGGAGGAGGUUACCGUGGGCGACGCAGAGGACAUGACGAAGAGGCAGCGCUCUGGUGCUGGCACACUUUUUAACGUCAACAACAGCAACAACAAUGAGGAAGAGGAGAAGAAAGAGAAAAAGAAGAAAGAAAAGAAAGAAAAGAAGGAGAAGAAAGAGAGAAAAGAAAAGAAAGAAAAGAAGGAGAAGAAGAAGAAGAACAAAGAGCAAGAGCAGAAAGAAAAAGAGAAGGAGAAAGAGAAGGAGAAGGAGAAAGCCAAGAAAGAGGAGCCGAAGGAGAUUUACGUCAUCGAUCCUGCAGGAAACAUGUACUACAACUGGCUCUUCGUCAUCACCUGUCCUGUCAUGUAUAACUGGGUUCUGAUCAUCGCCAGAGCCUGUUUUGAGGAGCUACAGCAUGAUUAUUUGAUAUUCUGGUUCAUCACUGACUUUCUAGCAGACCUGGUUUACCUGGCAGACAUGGUCUUCAGGACGAGAACAGGGUAUCUGGAGCAGGGUCUGCUGGUUAAAGAUGAAAAAAAGCUCCGCGCACGAUACAUGGAGAGUGUCCAGUUCAAGCUGGACCUCAUCUCUAUGAUUCCCACGGAUAUUUGUUACUCUUUGGUCGGUCUCAACUACCCCGAGAUCCGCAUGAACAAGCUUUUCCGGGUCAACCGCCUCUUUGAGUUUUUCCAGCGCACAGAAACAAGGACCAAUUUUCCCAACGUCUUCCGAAUCUCCAACCUUGUCAUGUACAUCGUCAUCAUCAUCCACUGGAAUGCUUGCCUCUACUACUCAUUCUCCAAAGCUAUCGGUUUCGGGGCUGAUAGGUUCGUCUAUCCGGAUACCACAAACCCAGAAUUUGGUCGUUUGGUGAGGAAAUAUGCAUACAGCAUGUACUGGUCCACUUUGACCUUGACCACCAUCGGUGAAACUCCACCUCCUGAGAAGGAUUCUGAGUACUUCUUUGUGGUUACAGACUUCCUAGUGGGAGUUUUGAUCUUUGCUACGAUCGUUGGUAAUGUCGGUUCCAUGAUCACAAACAUGAAUGCAGCACGAGCGGAUUUUCAAGCCCGAAUUGAUGCCAUCAAGCAGUACAUGAGUUUUCGUAAUGUGACCAAGGAUCUGGAGAAACGCAUCAUCAAAUGGUUUGAUUACCUUUGGACCAAUAAGAAGGCGGUAGAUGAGAGGGAAGUGCUCAAGUACCUUCCAGACAAGUUAAGAGCAGAAGUCGCCAUCAAUGUGCACCUGGACACUCUUAAGAAAGUGAGAAUUUUUGCAGAUUGCGAGGCAGGACUUUUGGUUGAACUUGUGCUGAAGCUCCAGCCGCAAGUUUACAGCCCUGGCGAUUACAUUUGCAAAAAAGGCGAUAUUGGUCGUGAGAUGUACAUCAUCAAAGAAGGAAAGCUGGCUGUGGUGGCUGACGAUGGAAUCACACAAUUUGUUGUCCUCAGCGAUGGAAGCUACUUUGGCGAGAUCAGCAUCCUCAAUAUCAAAGGCAGCAAAGCUGGAAACCGAAGAACAGCCAACAUACGCAGUAUCGGAUACUCUGAUUUGUUCUGCCUUUCCAAGGACGACUUGAUGGAGGCACUGACUGAGUAUCCAGAUGCAAAGGCUAUGCUGGAAGAAAAGGGACGCCAGAUCCUCAUGAAGGACAACCUGCUGGAUCUUGAGGUGGCAAAGCAGGGACCAGACCCCAAGGACAUGGAGGAGAAAGUGAUAAAGAUUGGCACGGUAUUGGACGACAUGCAGACGCGCUUCGCCCGUUUACUCGCUCAACAUGAGGCCAUGCAGAGCCGCCUGAAAAAACGUGUCGCCAGACUGGAGAGCAAAAUCCCCACCACCGGGGUCACCUUCACUGAAAUGACUGAGACAGUGCCGGUGGUUCUGCCUCCUCCUGAGAAAGAGGGGGGGGAAUCAGAGGAGAAGAAAGAGGAAAAGUAAAACAGUGACAGGAAACAGAAGUGACUCUGUGGAUUUCUAAGCAGUGAACGGGGGGAUUGAAGAAGGAUGGACAGUUAAAAAAAUAUGCAAAGCAAGAACGAGACGUUUAAAGGAGGCUUUAUCUGACGCAGGUUACAGCAUGGCUUUUCUUCCAUAUGAACAAUGAUUCCCAACUAUAACCAGAACCCUGAGAACAAUUCUGUAUCCUGUGUAAUUAUACACCUUUAAAUAUUUUAUUGCCAUUUUGAACAUCACAUGGUUUUAAUUAGACAAACAGACAAAUCCCCAAAAUUCA